AUGGUUGGGAACAGCCUCAUCAUUGUGUUAGCUGUGGCAGACCAGCAUCUGCACACAUCCAUGUACUUCUUUCUGUGCAAUCUCUCCUCCUUGGAGACCUGCUACAGCUCCACCAUCCUGCCCCGGCUACUGGCCAGCUUCCUGACUGGGGACGGGACCAUCUCUGCUCAGGGCUGCAUUGCACAACUACAUUUCUUUUGCUCUUUUGCAGUUAGUGAGUGCUACCUGCUGGCAGUCAUGUCCUAUGAUUGGUACUUGGCCAUAUACCAGCCCCUGCUCUAUGCAAGCCUCAUGACCUGGAAGGUCUCGCUAAAGCUGGCAGCAGCAUCUUGGCUAGCACGAUUCCUUAGCUGUACAGUAGUCACUACUUUCUUAUCCAAUUUAAGGUUCAGUGGCCUCAAGGCAAUUGACCAUUUCUUCUGUGAUCUUAUCCCAUUGCUGGAGCUCUCUUGCAGUGACACCCGUGUGGUCACAGUGGUAAGUUUCAUCCUGUGUUUCACUGAUAUAUUCUUCCUGUUCCUGUUCACCCUGGCCUCCUAUGUGUGCAUCAUAGCUACCAUCCUGAGGAUCCUGACCAGCGUGGGCAGGCAGAAGGCCUUCUCCACCUGCUCCUCUCACCUCACUGUCAUCACUGUUUUCUAUGACACCCUCAUCAUUGUCUACCUGAUACCAAGAACAGCCCCUCUGAGACAGCUCAACAAAGUCUUCUCCUUUUUCUACACCGUCCUGACACCUCUGGUCAAUCCCCUCAUCUACAGCCUGCACAAUAGGGAGGUCAGGAAAGCCCUGAGGAAAGCACUCAGGAAAACCCUGGCCUGCCCUCAGAGCUCAUAG